CCGCAGAUGUAGAAUGCAUGGCGCUGAGAUCAUGCGCGCGCGUCGAGUCAGCUGCCUCUGUGCACCACCUACACAUUGCAUCAUUCCUGCAACAGCGCCGCCACGCACACGCCAUGGCCAAGUUUUUCCGAAGGAGCUCGUCCAAAAUGGGCGGUCUGCGCGGCGACGAUGUGACCGCAAGCAUGCCCCGCGAGCGGGUGACGCUCUCGGGCGUCACUGCGUCGGCGGUCACCGCCUCCAACUACUCGAGCUAUCAGCUCGAUACACUUCACGAGACGGUCGCGAGCAUGAACAAGCAGCUCGACGAGUACAAGCGCGAGACGAUUGCACGACUCGACCACGUCGAGGGCUCGGUGCGCGAGAGCACGCGCCGCGCCAUCUCCAACCAAGCGACCAACCAUAUUGUACCGGCGAAAGCGUACCGCGACGAGCCAACCGGUUUUGAAAAUACCUCGGACGCGCCGGCGCCGUCGAUGGCGAUGGACGCUGCGGUUGACGAGAUGAAGCGCCACGUCGACGGUAUCCGCCGCGACGUCAUGAUGGAGCUCCAUACGACCAAAUACGACCUGCUCAAGGAAAUGACGAUGCUCCGCGGCGCUGUCAUGCAGCUCGUGGAUGCCAUGCAUCAACAGUCGACUCCGCGAGCAGUGGCGACCCCGCUGCUUCGCACGGAAGAUCGCAAGCUCAGCGUCAUGUCGGACGCGACUGUUUCGAGCGAAGCCGACUCGGAGGACUCGACGCACGAAGAGCCCGAGGUCUUCGAACCCAAUCCUAAGGUGCCGUACCUUCCGGCUGCCAGCCGCACGCCGUCCCCGCCCAAGCGCGAGUCCACAGUCUUCCGCGAGUCGACGCGGGCCUCGUCCAAGCUCAGCCGUGAGUCGUCCAAGCUCAGCCGCGAGUCAUCCAAGCUCAGUCGCGAGUCGUCCAAGCUCAGUCGCGAGUCGUCCAAGUUGCUCUUUCGCGAAUCGACGCGUCAGCCCAUCAAAGACCAGGCGCUCACGCAGCCGUGGGAAAACGUCUUGAACCAGCAUUUGCCGUUCCUCAACACGCAGCGGCCCGCCAUGGAGAUGCUGCCGUCGACGCGCACGUGGGCCAUCAACCAGUAUAUCAAGUGGGCGCAGGAUGCGGGCCCGACCAACGAGUCGCGUGUGCUCAACGUUGUCGGUGGCGCCGGCGCCGGCAAGUCGACGCUACUCAGCCACCUCGUGUCCAACUACCCGGAGCAGAUCAUGGCGAGCCACUUUGUGCGCUACGACGAGCGCCACGCACCAAGUGCGAUUCUCAUGUCGCUCGCGCACCAGAUUUCGUGCAAAUUGCCCGACUAUCAGCAGCAACUCGUGCGCCUCAACCUCCCGUACCUCAUCCAAGAACCCGACCCGAUUGUGCUCGCGACCAAGCUCCUCAUCGAGCCGCUGCGGUCGAUGCCGGCGCCGCUCGAAAGCCAAGUCAUCGUCCUCGACGCGGUCGAUGAGGACGUCUCGACUCCGGGCGCCAACCUCAUCUCGCUGCUGGCGGACGUCGCGCUGGAGUUUCCGAGCUGGGUCCUCUUCCUGCUCUCGUCUCGCCUCGUCGAAAGCGUGUUGAAAGCGCUGCCGGCCCACGACGUGCUGCACUUUCAUAUGGAGCACCGGCCGUUCGCCGCCGACUGCACGAUCGCAGUGCAGUCGGUCAUGGACAAGCACGGCCUUGACGACAAGAACAUCCUCUUCCUCCUCAAGGCCAAGAGCCAAGGCAGCUUCUUGUACCUCCAGUUCGUCGACCAAGCGUUCUCGAUGAUCCACUCGGAGAUUGACGCGGGCAUGAUCCUCGAGCUGCCCAAGACGCUCCACGAGAUUUACGACCAAGUGUUUGAAGAAAAGUACGGGAAGGGCCGGCGCCGCGUGUGGCAGAAGGUGCAAGCGGUCCUCGAAGCCAUCGUCGGCGCGGCCACGAUCUCGCACGAGAAGAACGCGUGUCCGUUCGUGACCGAGUCGGACGUGCAGCACAUAUUUAAGCUCGGCCAGCCGGAUCUCGCGCUCAUUGCGCGCUCGUUCGAGGACAUUGUGACCGUCGACGAAGACACGGGGGUGUACCGGCUGCAGUCGAAGGGCCUCUUUGACUACCUCGUCGACACGGCGCGGUCCCAGGAGGUGACGCACAUCAACGUCGAGCGCGGGAUUCACUACUUGACCAAAGGCAACGUACCGUACAAACCCUCCAAGAAGCCCAAAGUGACGUUUGACGUCUAAGCGACGAGUCGUUUUAAUAUCGUAAAUAAUAGAAUGGUAGACUACAACAGAGA